AUGACCGAGGCUAGACUAAACGGCUUGGCAAUGAUGUCGAUUCAUAGGGAUGAGCAAUGCUUAACAGUUGACGCAGUCUUGGCAGAACUAGGCAAAACCAAAAGAAGAUUAGAAUUUAUUUUGUAA